CACCACAAGUCAGUCAUUAAACGUACGUGAGGACGGUACCUAGCUUACAUACAGCUUUAGUACUUGAAAUAUUAAUAAUGUUUUCUUCGUCAAUUUUCAUUUUGAGUUUUCUUGGAGUGAUGAAUUUCUCCUUGUCUGCCGCCAAUGCAGAACGACAUAAAAUUGAGCACCUGAACACCGAAAAGACUCCUUAUGGCAGUACUGUGACUGUUGUAAAUAUCGGAAAUGGAGAAGGAAAAGUCAAUGACGUUACAUUGGAUGAAAGACAAAAUAACUAUCCAAAUACACGAUCAAGAUCGAAAUAUAAUGCACAGAAUAAAUUAGAUGUCCUACCUACUCCCACUACUAAACCUCAAACAACGCCAAAGCAAGAGCAUCACUGGCACAGUUCAUACAAUAACAUAGGAAAUGGAGCUGGAAAUACGAAUGUCCUAGUGACAGAAAAUGGUGGCCAUAAAGUUACUCUCGCACAAAAUGCAAACGCUGAAGGUUACAGCGGAGGGACAAGUUUCGUAGUCAACAGACAAGAUGGAGUCGACCAUUUUAAUGUCGGCUACGGUUUAAACAAUCAAAAUAACAUUGUUUAUAGCAACAUACCAACUCAACCAGACAACACAGGGAGCAAACCAUCAGACGAAUUUACAGAACAAUUGUUAACAUUGAAACAAAUAGCUGAUGAGUUACAGGGUAUCGUGACUAAACUAAUUCAGGAACAACACUCGUGUAUACCUCAAGAAUAAACGGUAUUUGUAUGAGAUGUAUUUGACGAAUAGUAAAUUGUUUACUAAAACAGUAUGAUUUCAUAAAUUAUACACUAUUUUACAGAAUAUAAUAAUGUACAUAUAUAUAAGUAAAAUAUUUAUGAAUAAAUGAAGUUAUUAUAAUGA